CAUGGAGAAAUUCAUCAGAGACGCUCUGGAAGAGGAAGAUGAUCUUGAGAAAGUUUUAAAGAAAGCUUUCUUAGAAGCCGAUAAUGCUUUACACACACACCUGAGCUACUUCAACAACGACUCGGUUCUGAGGUCAGGUACAACAGCAACAGUUGCUCUGCUACAUGAYGGCAUUGAGCUGGUGGUUGCCAGCACUGGUGACAGUCGGGCGAUGCUGUCCAGGAAGGGACAUGCCAUCAAGCUCACCAAAGACCAUACACCAGACCGCAAAGACGAGAGAAAACGGAUCCAGAAGUUUGGUGGUUUCCUGUCGUGGAACAGCGUCGGUCAGGCAAACGUUAACGGGCGGCUCGCCAUGACGCGCAGCAUCGGAGACUUCCACCUGAAAUCCAGUGGCGUCAUCGCAGAGCCGGAAACACGUCGUCUCUCUGUCCAACAUGCCAAUGACUCCUUCCUGGCUUUGACCACAGACGGCAUUAACUUCCUGUUGAGUGACCAGGAGAUCUGUGAUGUCAUCAACCAGUGCCAAGACCCGACUGAAGCAGCAGAGAUCAUCUCUCAGCAGGCGCUGCAGUACGGCUCAGAGGACAACGCCACCAUCGUCAUCAUCCCGUUUGGCGCCUGGGGGAAACAUAAAAGCUCCACCAAAAUCUACAGCAUGAGCAGGAACUUUGCUUCGAGCGGCCGAUGGGCGUAGACGAAAACGUGCAUGAAGACGACAGAACUCAGCCGAUUAUCUUAAUUUGRCUUUAAGUAACCCAGAGGUCCUUAARUUAUUUAUAACAGCAUCAGAACGCAUCCAAACAAACAUCGUCAUGCUUGUUCCCAGCUGAGCAGUCGACUCUGUAAAUAGUGUAAAAUWAUGAAGGUUGUACAUAUAAAGAGACUCACUGCAGUGUUUGUUGUCUUUGUCAACUUUGUAUCAGUGUUUUGCAUUUAGAGAAAACAUUUCAGUGUAUUUCCUCUCUCAGUCAUUGGCUGUCAUUCUGUAAAUGUUUAAUGAAACUCCAAAAUAUCAGCGUUUAUCAAAUAAGAAGCUCAGUUUUGUUUUAAAUUSAUCAAAAAGAGRGAAAACGUUUGAACUCCAGGAAAAACCAUUCGAGAAAGCAAUCUUUGUUACCAACAAACCUUUUAAAUUCUGAAAUAUUUACCAACGUCAGAAGUUUGACUCGAUAUUAUCGAUGCUCAUCUUGACUCCAUUGGUCCUUUAGAGUAAUAAAGUUCAACCAGUCAAACAUAAAUGUUACUGUUUGUUUUCUUCAGUUGCAUUAAACCAAGUUUGUGUGUAAACAGUCA